AUGGAGGAGCUGCAGGCGCUGCUGCAGGGCAGCCUGCUGGGCACGCGGCACGUGGAGAGCGCGGCCCUCGUGCGCCUGCAGGGCAGGACCGUGUGCGCCUCCACYGCCGGCUUCCGCGUGCCCGAAGAGAAUGUUUUAAACCUCAUCUACGCCUUCUACAAGAACUUGGUGCAAGUGAGGAGGGAAGGCCUCUACUUCAAGCAGAAAUACUACAAGUGUGUCCGAGCAGAUGAGCAUUCCCUCUAUCUGCACAACCCAGAUGGAGGCUUGAUAGUUGUGAAGACCAAUGCUUUCAUCCUGAUCGCUACCUACAGAGCGGGCAUGUAUCCGAGCGUGUGUGUUGAAGCCGUGGAGAAACUGGCAGACUACUUCAGAGAGAAGGGGAGCUGAACCAACAGAAAACUUCAUCAAGCUCCUAAGGACUGUGCGCUGGAAAAUCUAAUACAGAAGUUUGAAGAAUUAUUAAAUUCAAGAACGAAACUGUCUGCUGUUUUACAACAUCCCAAGUMCUGAGCGAAGCCUUUUGCCAGG